UUACAAGUGGUACUGCACCUUGCGCUUGCCAGAAUUGUAUUGUUCCUCACUUCCUAUAGAGUUCUGGGUGUUCCUAUUAUCUUCAUGUACUCUUUUUUGAAAUGCUUGUUAUAUGAAAUUAAAAAUAUAUAUUCCUCACUGAAAGAUUACUCAUGGCGUAGGUAAUUUCAUCAAAGAUAUCUACAUUAUUAUUCUCCGAGAAAAUGGAACAAUCUACCACACCAAAUCCUUACCGAUUUAUACAGGCAAAGUAAAUCAAAGAUAUCUACAUUAUUAUUCUCCGAGAAAAUGGAACAAUCUACCAAACCAAAUCCUUACCGAUUUAUACAGGCAAAGUGAAUCAAAAAUAUCUACAUUAUUAUUCUCCGAGAAAAUGGAACAAUCUACCAAACCAAAUCCUUACCGAUUUAUACAGGCAAAGUGAAUCAAAGAUGUCUACAUUAUUCUUCUCCGAGAAAAUGGAACAAUCUACCACACCAAAUCCUUACCGAUUUAUACAGGCAAAGUGAAUCGAGAACAAGAAUGUAUUCCUGCAAAGAACGCAAUAUAAACAUUCUGGUUUUGUUUUUAAUUUUUCGGGCUGGCAUGAUAACGUGUGAUUCUCGAUCCAAACAGGUGAGACUAAACGGUGACUUGGUUUUAGGAGGGUUGUUCCCUAUGCAUGAAGCAGUAGGAGAAAAUGGUAAACCUUGUGGAGCCAUUAAAGAAGAGAAAGGAAUUCAACGAUUGGAAGCCAUGCUUUACGCUUUGGAUCAAAUCAACCGAGAUCCAAGUCUUCUACCUAAUAUUACUUUAGGAACAUUUAUACUUGACACUUGUUCUCGUGAUACCCACGCGCUAGAGCAGAGUAUGGAGUUUGUAAAGGCAUCUUUGACCACUCUGGACGACUCCCAAUACAGAUGCGAAGAUGGGCGGAAGCCAAUACGCAACCCCCAAAAGCCUGUCGCUGGAGUUAUUGGAGCAGCUUCCAGCUCAGUGUCAGUGAUGGUAGCAAACAUUUUACGUUUGUUUAAGAUUCCGCAGAUAAGUUACGCCUCUACUAGUACUGAACUCAGCGAUAAAGCAAGGUUUGGCUACUUUUCACGAGUUGUUCCUCCUGACAACUUCCAGGCUCAGGCUAUGGUUGACGUCAUACUCAAGUUGGGUUGGAAUUAUGUGUCUACGGUUGCUGUUGAUGGCGACUACGGAGAGAAAGGCAUAGAGUAUUUCAAGAUGUUAGCUCAAAAAGCAGGAAUAUGCAUUGCUGUGUCCGAAAAAAUAUCUCGAAACUCAAAAUCAGAAGAUUUUAGUCGAAUUGUUGAAAACCUGAGCACCAAACCUCGUGCUCGUGGUGUGGUAUUGUUCGUGGACGAAGAUAACUGUAGAAAACUACUUGCGGCCACAAUAGAUGCAGGUAAAAUAGGUCACUUUCAGUGGAUAGGAAGCGAUAGUUGGGGUGCUAAAGCACAUCCAGUCAGGUACCAAGAAAUGGCGGCAGAAGGCGCUAUUACAAUUUUACCAAAAAGGAACGAAAUAAAAGACUUCAAUAGAUACUUCAAAUCCUUGAGACCAGAGAUGAACAAAAGGAAUCCGUGGUUUAAACCGUUCUGGGAGCAGCAUUUUGAUUGCAAAUUUGACAACGGUUACGCAGAUAUUGCCUUUUGUACAGGAACCGAAACCUUGGAUAAAUACGAACAAGAAGGAUUGGUGCCAUUUGUAAUUGAUGCUGUAUAUGCCAUGGCGCAUGCACUACACCACAUGAUAAAAGAACGCUGUGAGUACUUUAUGGGAUGUGAAGGCAUGUUUCCAGCGCCCCCUGGAAAGGAGCUUUUAGAGUAUAUUCGAAAUGUGUCAUUUAAAAGCCAACAGGGAGGCGACAUGGUUGUUCGUUUUAAUCAUGACGGAGAUGCUCCAGGAAGUUACCACAUCUACCAGUUUCAAAAACAUGCCAAGGGAAAGUACGACUAUAAAAUUGUAGGACAGUGGACUGAAGGAAGGUUCAAAUCUCUAGUCUCUGUAUCUGCAUCAGUAUCAGCGCUACAGUAGCUCUUGGUUGUCUUUUCACACCAAAAAUUUACAUCUGUCUUUGUCAACCGUAUAAGAACGUCAGAACAGGAGGAACUCAAGGCAGCACUUCUGGAGGUU